UUCUGUGUCGUUGAGCUGGUGGUGUAAAGGUUCUGGAAUAUAUUUGAUGGUUUCAGAAGAGCAAUGACCUGCCAACACAGUCUCUUAUUUUUAUUCCUCUCUGGCUUUGCUGCGCUCUAUGUUGCAGAGAUAUGUAAAACAAAUCUACUGAAGGGAACGUCCUGCACCAUAAAGCUUCAAACAAGAAACACUGACAAAUCUAAUGAGAUCAAAUGGGUCCAUCUCUCUAGUGAUGUCGUGAUUCACAGGAAAAAUAGGUGGAUGAGGAAAAACAUUCCAGGUCUAACAAUGGAAGAAGAUGGAUCAUUAACAUUUGAAAGUGUUAGUCUGAAGAACAGCGGCAGAUAUAGAUACACUGUUUUUAAUGAUGUAGGUACACAGAUUGAUGCUGGAGAAAAGGAAAUUAAAGUUUAUGCAAAGGCUCUUAAACCUACUGUGAAGAUCAACUGCACAGUUGGGAACGCUACACUCACCUGUGACUUUGGAGACCGUACAGAUCUGACUGUAUCCUGGUAUAAAGAAGAUAAUAUCAUCCAGAAUGAAAACAACCCAACACUUCUCUUGACAUCUGCUCAAGUACAGGAGAAUAAACCGUACUCCUGCAGUGUGAGCAAUCCUGUCAGCAAAGAGCAAAGUGAUAGCAUUACAGUAUCAUGUGAAGGUGUCCCAGAUCCUACAGGUGAAAGUGUCCCAGGUCCUCGUAAAAAUCUCUUUGGCCCUGAUUUCUGGGUAAUGGUGAGCAUUUUAGCAGGUGGAGGAACCCUUCUGCUUCUACUGAUCUGUAUUCUUAUCAUCUGUGCGUGUCGAAGCUGUAGCCAACUCAAAAAAGCACAAACAAGAUGAAGAAGACUUCAGACGUCUGACUAUUCCAGUUGGGGGGGGGGGGCAUAAAGAAAAGAAAAAUGCUCUCUUCUGAAGAUUUUAAGGAAGAUUACUGUGGUGUUUUAUUUUUUCUUUCAUGUAUUAAUUUAUUUAUAGUCAUUUAUUUACAUCUACAUUUAACCAUAUAGACGUGUAUAAUAACCAUAGACAUUUAUAUACUCAUUUCAUUUAUUCACUUAUUGAUUGGUCAUUUAUAUUACAUUAUUGUCUUUUUAUAAUAUUUUUCCAUUGUUGUUUAUUCUUAUGGCUGCGUGGUUUCAAAUGCUGAUUGUCUUCAUGAAUAACAAUAAGAGAGAAUGUUUAUGGAGAUUUAAGGUUUAUUGGAUGUUGUUGUGAAGAGAUUUGUGCAACAAAGUCUGAGCAUUGAAACAUACACUGUAAAAAAUGAAUAUGAUUUUAACAGUAAAAAAACUGUAAAAAUGAUACAGUAAAAACCUGUUAACUGGUUAACGGUAAGUUUCCAUAUAUUCAGUGAAUUAAUGUGAUUAUAGUUAAUGUAAUUUUACAGUAAAAUACUGUAAAAAAAAUACAGUUUUUGGAAGUGAAAAAGAAAACUUAAUUGUAGAAUUUACAGCGACAGACAGCAAAUUGAGAAUUCCCUGCAUGACACUUCAUUUCUUUUUUUUUUCUUUUUUUUUGAUGAAAUAAUGUUUCUUCUAACGUUUUUCUUACCAGUAGUCAAAGUCAAAGUCACCUUUAUUUAUAUAGCUCAAUAAUGUUAUUAGUGUAUAUUAGGGUUCAAUCUUAUAUCUAAUCUUAUAUCUAAUUUUGUUAAAUUAAUUAUUGGUUAUUAUUAUAUUAUAUUUUGGGUAUUAGGCAGUUUUACUGACUAGCUGUUACUAGAGAAAAAUAGCAUUUAUCACUGAUCCAUAAGUCCAAAAAGUUCCAGUUUGGUCACAUGACUCUAGAAGAAAUUGUGAAGUACAUUACAUUUAGUAAUUUAGCAGACGCUUAUAUCUAAAGUGACUUACAAAUGAGGACAGCAGAAGCAAUCAAAAUCAACAAAAGAGCAAUGCUAUAACAAGUCUCAGUUAGCUUAAUGUAGUGCACAUAGCAAGGGUUUUUUAAUUAUACAGUAUAUUAAAAAGAAAACAGAAUAUAAAAAGCUAAAUAUGAACAAGCUAGUGUUAGAGGCCUUUUCUGCUUUUGGUAAUUGUAUAUUAAAAUAAUAAAACUUAAGAAUUAGGCUCCCAGCUGUGUCUCUGAACUUUUAUUGUGAUAGAAAUCUUCAUAUAGCCUUAUGAGUGAGAGCUCUGUUGACUUUGCCAUAUUUUCUUCAGCACAUGCAUGGUCUAAAUGUAUGUAUCUGUAACAGCUCAAGCUUAAUUGUGUUUUAAUACAAUUUUGUUCCAUUCCAUAAAAUAAGUGACUUAAAAACAGCAAUGCUGAAUAGGGGUCGAACAAUUAUGACACAGCUCUGUUAUAAAACAUCCUAACAUUACAUUAUUUAUUGACAUUAUCACUUUUAGUAUUUCAGUUGUCAUGUUGUGUUGUGUUUUGUUCCACAUGCAUGCUCCCGGUGUCCUAAUAUUUAGCCCUUUUUUGUUAAUUUCCUGUCCUGAUUAUUUCAUUGAGGUCGUUAGUUUCCACCUGUGUUUGAUUUGAUUCAGGUGCAUUUAAUUCACCCCCUAUGUGUUGUAUUUAAAGUGUAUGCUGUGAGUUGUUUCUUUAUCGAGUCUGACCGUCAUUAUCUGUUAUCUGCUGUGUGUUUUCCUGGUUCCAUGUUAAAAAAUAAAAUUAUGCGUCAUCGUAAAUUCCCCUCCGUCUCUGUGAAAGAGAACCAGCAAACUGCUGUAUAUGCAAUAUUUAUAAAAUGCUGGAUCUUCAGAAAAACGUUUAUUUUUGAAGUACUGGAGUCUUUCAAUUUACAUUUUUUGUUUGCACAUGUUGCACAUGCAUGUUUCUGAAGACAAUAACCUAUCGUUCCUUUAAUUAACAGUAUGUUGCUGCCAAACAAAUGAUUUAUUACAUAUCGGAGUUCAUUUGUACAACUAAUAUUGAGUUCAUACAGUAUAUUAAGAUUAAUGGCCGGAGGGGUUCUUCUACGCCUUCUUUCAUUGCAUGAACAUUUAGGCAGUGCUAUGCAAAUCUUCCCACAUCGUGAUGUAGACAUGCGGGGGUGUGUUUUAACAAAAAUUUUUAGGAGGACACAAUUGACUCUUACAUUUAUAAAGGAUAUCUCUUUGGGUUUGUGACUUAAGUUUUUGCAAAUAUAUAGUUCAUUGCAAAUAAGCAAGUGUGCAUUUAUUAGACAGAUUUAAUAUCAUGUCGGUGCUUUCAGAAUUGGCAAAUCUACUGCGUCGCUCCAUCACAUCUGGACCGGAGACCUUAAUCAGGAAGCUGGGCACCAGAUAACACGGUCACCAGUUAAACGGUAAUACAGGCCUUGAUUGACAGCUCCCUGAAUGCAAACUUUCUGUUCUCUUUUCUGUUUCUCUGAACAGAAGUUAUUUCUGUCUUGUCGAGUGGAUUUUGAAAAGGUUCCUGAACAUUUGCUGUUUUCAGAAGAACAAUGAGCUGCCAAUACAGUCUCUUACUUUUAUUUCUCUCUGGCUUCAUUACUGCACUCGCUGGUAAGUUAUGAAUUCAUUUUGUGUAGAUAUUUCAAAUGAACUGAACUUAAACCUGAAAAAGCCCGAUUU